CCCAUCCCAUCCCAUCCCAUCCCGGUCCCCUCCCCGGCUGUUCCCGCGGGGCGGAGCGGAGCGGGCGGUGCCGGGCGGGCAGCGCGGAGCGGCCAGGCUGGGCUCGCCUGGGCUCGGCACGGCUCCGCCCGGCCCGCCUGGGCUCGCCUGGGCUCGGCACGGCUCCGCCCGGCCCGGCUCGGGCCGCCUGCAUGCGGCGGCGGCGGCCGCGGGGCUGCCGGGCGGGACGAGCGGCGCCUCGGCGGGGCUCCCGGCGGGGAUGAACGGCUCGCUGGGGAUUCCAGGAGGGAUGAACGGCUCGCUGGGGAUUCCAGGAGGGAUGAACGGCUCGCUGGCGAUCCCGGCGGGGCUGAACGGCUCCUCGGCGGCGGCGGCGGGGCUGCUGGCGCUGGAGCUGGAGCGGGCGCUGCGCUGCUGCACCGCCGCCUCCGUGGUGACCGACGGCAGCGGCGCGGCGGCGGACGAGCGCAGCCUGUACAUCAUGCGCGUGGUGCAGAUCGCCGUCAUGUGCGUGCUGGCCCUCACCGUGGUGUUCGGCAUCUUCUUCCUCGGCUGCAACCUCCUCAUCAAGUCCGAGGGCAUGAUCAACUUUCUGGUCAAGGACCGCCGCCCGUCCAAGGAGGUGGAGGCGGUGGUGGUGGGGCCGUACUGACCGCAGCGCUGGCCACCGGACUGACCGCAGCGCUGGCCACCGGACUGACCGCAGCGCUGGCCGCCGGACUGACCGCCCGCAGCCCUCCCGCGGACACGCGGGCUCGGCUUGGAGCCUCCUGAAAAGCAGCAGGCGAACGGAUCCCGGGAUGCCGGAGGCCAGGAGAUGCUCGGGGUGGCCGGAGCCGCCCAUCCCGGCCCAUCCCGGCGCAUCCCGGCCCGUCCCGGUCCGUCCCGGUCCCGUCCCGCCGCCCGCGGCUGCCGAAGUAAAGCGUGCUCUGAUGGCAA